CGACGACCCGGAAGCGAUUCCCCAAGCGCGGGCCUCGUGGGAUCAUCUCUUAGAGAUUCGGUUGCUGCGGCCGAGCUGAUGACCAAGAGCAAGGCGGAGCCCGACGGGCGGGAGGCAGAGGCGAGCGGUGGGGAGCGCUCGUACCAGGAGCUGCUGGUGAACCUGAACCCCAUCGCGCAGCCCCUGGCCUCCCGCCGCCUCACGCGGAAGCUCUACAAAUGCAUCAAGAAAGCCUUGAAACAGAAGCAGCUUCGGCGCGGGGUGAAGGAGGUUCAGAAAUUUAUAAACAAGGGCGAGAAAGGGAUCACAGUUCUGGCAGGAGACACAUUGCCCAUUGAAGUAUACUGCCAUCUCCCGAUUAUGUGUGAGGACCAGAAUGUGCCCUACGUCUACAUCCCCUCUAAGACGGACCUGGGCAUAGCGGCCGGCUCUAAGCGUCCUACCUGUGUGAUAAUGGUCAAGCCCCAUGAGGAGUAUCAGGAGGCCUAUGAUGAAUGUCUGGAGGAAGUGCAAGCCCUGCCCUCACCCAUUUGAAGGACCUGGGCACCUGUCCUGCCCUGGAAGCUGCUGGGCUGGUGGGCAGGCCCACUGGCCACCAUCCCUGCUGGCCACACUCAUAGUCUUACCCCGUCCCUGGAGGUUUGAACCCUUCAGGCAGCUCCCACAGCUAUUUCGUGGAGGGAAAGCAAAGCUUGAAUUCAUCAGUGCUGUUUCCUGUUGAGCUUCAGAGGAGACAGAUCCAACAAUGUGGUGUGGGGGAAGUAAAUGCUAAGACUGAAAAAAAAAAAAAAAAA